UAGUGAAACCACGGUUAAAAUUUUAGGAUAUGAUAAUUUUUCUAGUUGACUAAAGAGAGCUUCUGGCAUUCAUCAUGCCAACGAUUUUAAGCUAACAAAUAAAUCUCAUUUAUUCGUACGAUAAUAUACCUAACUUUAUAAUAUUUUUGUCCAUUUCAUUUUUCCAAAAAAAGUGGAUAAAAUUACCGAUAAUAAAGGGAUAAAGUUUGGAUUUAAUAUAUCGUCAUGGAUAAAUUACCCACGUAAUUUCUACCUUAUUAUUGUUUUUUUUUUCUUCUUUUUGGAUCAGUCACGUCGAAAUCGAAUGAUUAACAUAUUUAAGACAUAAAAAUCCUUUUCCAAACUUAAUUAUUACUCUUAUUAUCCAUUGACUUAUCCAUUAAUCAAUCCAUUCCAUAAUUAUACCGCUAUUAGUAACUCUAAUUUCAAAUUAAUAAUAGUAAUAUCCAACAGUAAAAAUGACUAAUUGAUCGUGUUUUUGUUUUAUAUAAAUUCCCUAUUCUGUCUCUUUCUCGGCCCAAUCACCGAUAUCUUCUCUGCAAGAAUUUUCUUCCUCAAUUUCCGUUAACAGUGGAUGAUGAUGCCGGCGCCUGCGGCCCAGAUAUAUCUAUAAAAAUAACGAUAUUGGCUGAUUCCACAAAGCCGGAGCCACAAUCUCUUGACGUCACUCCAAUUCACGAGGGGAUUUUUUUUUUGACAUUUUGUGGGGAAGGAAGCAGAGCUGAGAGAGUGUUUGGUAGGUGGGUCGGUGGGUGAGAGAAUGAAGAAGGAGACGGUGGUUGCAGUGGUGGUCGGAGCGGCGGCGGUUUGCGCUGCUGCUGUUGCGGCGGACGCGUUGGUCCGCCGGAGGAGGCAGAGCCGCCGGAGGGAGAAAGUGCGGGCGAUUGCGGAUGGGUUCCGGCGCAGGUGCGCGACGCCGAUCGAGAAGCUGCAGCGGCUCGCCGAUGCUAUGACUGACGAGAUGCACGCCGGGCUGCUGUUGGACGGCGGGAGCAAGCUCAAGAUGCUCGUUAGCUACGUCGACAACCUCCCCACUGGAGAUGAGAAAGGGUUGUUUUAUGCGUUGGAUCUUGGUGGGACGAAUUUCCGGGUGAUGAGAGUGGUGCUCGGCGGGCAAGAAGAGCGAGUGGUCAAACAAGAAUCGGUGGAGGUCUCCAUUCCUCCACACGUGAUGACGGCAACUUCAGAUGAGUUGUUCAAUUUCAUUGCUCAAGCUCUAAAGAGAUUUGUUGACACGGAAGGUGAAGAUAUGCGGCCGUCUCCUGGUAGGCAGAGAGAACUGGGUUUCACAUUCUCGUUUCCAGUGAAUCAGACAUCGAUUUCCUCGGGCAAUCUUAUCAAAUGGACGAAAGGGUUCUCCAUUGACGAGACGGUUGGACAAGAUGUUGUGGCCGAACUGACGAAAGCUAUGGAAAGAGUCGGUGUUGAUAUGCGCGUGGCUGCUUUGGUGAAUGACACAGUUGGAACAUUGGCUGGAGGAAGGUAUAAUAACCCUGAUGUCAUUGCAGCUGUGAUCUUGGGCACUGGAACCAAUGCAGCAUAUGCAGAACGAGCAAAUGCUAUUCCAAAGAUGAAGGGUGCUCUCCCCAAGUCUGGUGAAAUGGUUAUCAACAUGGAAUGGGGUAGUUUCCACUCCUCGCACCUUCCACUGACAGAAUAUGAUAAAGCCCUGGAUAUUGAGUCCUUGAAUCCUGGAGAUCAGAUUUUUGAGAAGGUGAUUUCUGGUAUGUAUUUAGGAGAAAUCUUACGCAGGGUUCUACUAAAGAUGGCUGAAGAAGCUGCCUUGUUUGGUGAUGUUGUUCCUCCAAAAUUGACGUCUCCAUUCAUCUUGAGGACACCGGUUAUGUCAGCGAUGCAUCAUGAUAUAUCCUCAGAUUUAACAGUUGUUGGAAGCAAACUAAGAGAAGUCUUUGAGAUAUCAAAUACAUCCUUAGAAACGAGAGAGCUAAUUGUCGAGCUGUGCAACAUAAUAGCCACCCGUGGAGCUCGUCUAUCAGCUGCUGGGAUUUUCGGCAUCCUCAAGAAAGUUGGAAGCGACACAAUUCAGAAAGGGGACAAGAAGAAGUCGGUGAUAGCAUUAGAUGGCGGGUUGUUUGAGCAUUACACCAAGUUUAGAGACUGCUUAAAAGCCACCCUAACCGAAUUGCUUGGAGAUGAAGUUUCAGAGAGUGUAACCAUUGAGCUCUCAAACGAUGGCUCUGGCAUUGGUGCAGCCCUCUUGGCUGCUUCUCAUUCUCGAUACUUAGAGGCUACUGAAGAAUCUUGAGAGAGCAUCAUGUGUAAGGCAGUAGGUAGACAGAUAGAAGGUCAGACCUCCCCUUCAGACGUGUAGAACAAUUACUGGAAGCAGCAUCAGAAUGCUAAAGCUUCCCCUGAAGCCUGCAGUUAUGGCUCCGAGCUUUACCAUUUCGGUUUAUCGUUCUGCAUGUUUCGAACAAUUAUUUAUAGAGAAUAAAAUGUGUGAUCGAUGUAAACUGUUGAGUUGCCGUAGUCAGUCAAAAGAGAAAAUUUUGUUUCUCUUGAUUCAAUAACCCAACUAUCAAGCAUCCUUUUUGUCUUAGUUAGUUGGUUACAACUUACAAGUUAUUAAAAGCUAUAUUUAUCAUCUUCUCUGAGACCAGAAAGGCUGCAAAGUCUACAAGACUACUAUAACAGUAUUAAUAGCAAUUAACAGCAUGUCAGCAU